AUGGAACAAGGCUCUACAUCUACAAUGUCGUCUUUGGUAUACCUACCAAGGCAGAAACCUUUUCACCGGAAACUAACUCCCACUACAUCUCCUUUGGCAAUGUCGCCAAACCUGCAUGGUAUCUCCACAGGCACCUCAUACGGCAAACAGCUGGGUGGUAAAUUGGCAGAUAAAGAUAAAUUGUCAUCUUCACAUUACAAUUCGAAUCCAAAUUCCAGUCCGAACUCUAAUUCUAACUCAUAUUCAUAUACUGACAGUGAAGUUCUGUCACCAGCGCAGAUUCACAGUCAGACUCAGACUCAAAUACUGGAGCCACCAAGGUUUCAUACACACAGUCCUCAUUCCCGUGCACACACUCAUGCUUCUGGUUUGUCCCACAAAUCUAAUACUGGAUUGACGAGAAAGAAAUCCAAUUCUUCAACAUCGGGAUAUCUACCACAUUACAAACCAAUCCAUACAAAGUCAUCAGCUUCAAUUCUAUCUCUCAGUAAGCAUAGUCCGACUUCUUCAUACACUGGAUUCCGCCAUCUUGCUAUGAUUGUCCUGACGCUAGGUAAUCUCCGACUCAUGAUUCACGAUUACCAGACCUAUGGGUUCAUAAUGACCCUGUACAGACUCGGAAUCUCACAAAGUGACUUGAAUGUCGCCGGUCUGUUACUACUAAGUACACCAAUUCACCUUUUCAUCGCCCUACUGAUCGAACUUGGUGCAUCUAAAACAGUCUCUAAUGCCAACCACACAACCUCUGAAGCUGACAACGCUCACCAGGUUGAUAGCACCUCUGGUAUCACCACUGGUAGUCGACUUGGCAGUAAAGAAAACAGCAGCGUCGAUGUCCCCACCAGUACAACCAAGAACAGCAAAGCCAGCAGCAACCCUACGGAACCUAAUAAACCACAUAAGAAAUACCUUUGGAAGCUGUUUGCAGCCCUCCACACCAUUAAUGCCACUCUUGUCCUCAUCAUCUCAAGCUACACCGUAUACACUUCUAUCUGGCAUCCGUUGAUCGGAACUGUCAUUGAGUGUCACUCUAUUAUACUGUGCCUCAAGGUAUCAUCGUACGCACUGACCAAUCGUGACCUAAGAGAUGCCUAUCUUGAAGAUGCUCCUGUUCCAGAACUCUACGGACCCUCGAAAUACCCUCACAAUCUGACGAUAGGUAACCUUGUCUACUUCUGGUGGGCUCCAACGCUCGUAUAUCAACCAGAAUAUCCCCGUGCUCCUAAAGUCAGAUAUGGAUUCCUUGUCAACCGGGUGCUUGAAAUGGUCGGAACCAUAGUUUUAAUCUGGUUCUUAUCCGGUCAAUACGCAGUUCCCAUUCUCGAGAGUAGUUUAGUGCAUUUCCAGAACGCCGACCUUGGCCAGAUUUGCGAAACAAUCAUGAGAUUAUCAACAGUCAGCAUAGUCGUAUGGCUACUUGGAUUCUUCUUUAUUUUCCAGAGCUAUCUCAACUUCCUAGCUGAACUGCUCCGUUUUGGCGACCGAGAUUUCUAUCAAGACUGGUGGAAUGCCGGUUCUGUAGGAACUUAUUGGAGACUAUGGAACAAGCCAGUGUCGAACUAUUUCCGUCGACAUUUCUAUGCCCCACUUCUGAAACGAGGUUGGACGCCCAUGAGCUCGUCACUCGUGGUAUUCUUCAUCUCUGCUGUCCUCCACGAACUAGUAGUAGGCAUCCCUACUCGCAACGUCAUCGGAGUGGCAUUUGUGUGCAUGAUGCUCCAAGUCCCUCUGAUCAUGGUCACUGCGCCUCUCGAGAAAAUGAGAGGCCCGGCCACCACCGUCGGCAACUGCAUCUUUUGGCUCUCCUUCUUUCUCGGCCAGCCCGUGGCCGUCCUAAUGUACUAUUUCGCAUGGAACGUCAAGAACGGCACCCACAUCAAAAUAUAG